AUGAAACCCAGAGCUGAACAUGAGAUGAAAGUGCUGCAUCGUGCCUGGGAAGGACAGCUUUUCAUUCAGCAUCAGCAAGUGUGCCACAUCGUCCUUCGGUCGCCUUUUCAGGCUUCGCUCCCAGCUCAGUUGCCAGCCAAGCUGGAAUUCAAAUAUAUCGUGCGGAUAUCUGAAUUGCGGAAAAAAUUGCCGGAAGCUGCAUUUAAAAAAAACAGUUACUCCAAUGACGAAGUCUGUUGUCAGCAGUUGUCGUUUCGUUUAUAUCAAGUGGAAAUAUUAGACGAGAGUGAACUAAAAGAUCAGCUAAUUGGGAGCAUGAAAGAAAAAAACCUGGCACUUGUCAAAUAUGUAAAUGACCGUGGAAUCCUCCUCUUCCUCACCUCGUCCAUCUUGGCGAAAGGAAAAGGUAAGGAAGGAGACGGACGGACCGUCAGCACCUUCGAAUCCAGAUUCCGAGUCAAACGAUUUGACGACUCUCCAAGCUUUGUUUUUAUUUCCAUCGCCAGGGCGUUGGCAGAAGCCGCCAAAAAUCCCGAACUGUCCCCUUCUAACGCUUUGGUCAAAUUGCAUAUGGAGGAAUUUGCAAAGCUCAAUCGGAGUUCAGCGCCGAGCCGCGGAAACGCGUCUGGCCCAACUUUUAUUCCCAAACUUUCAUCUGAGACCCCCAAGGGGGACCCCGUGGACGAUAAGUGCUCCCCCUCCUCGUUUUCCAAAUUGGCGUUUUAUCUGUCGGACCCCGAAAGUUACACGCUGGAGGUCUCCUCCGCCUUGGCGUGUUUGCAGGGCGGCUCUCGGCCGUCCGACGGUGGCGCGGAUUUAAAUUUGGACUCCUCGCCGUUGGACGGACCGGACAAAGCUACCAGAACGGGCCAGGCUCCCCUCGCCGGCACGUCGAAAGGCAGCCCCCCCGGAGAGCGAUCCUUGCCGUGGACCAAACGGAAAUCCAGCCGCAUCCUGGGGGCCAGUUCAAAGAAGAAAUGGUCACCUCUGAAGAUGUACUGCAUGCUGGAGAACAGCAGGAAAAAGACGAAGGAGAAGGAGAAGAGGAAGAAAAAGAAGAAGAAGAAGAAUUUGCCCAAGGAAGCCGUGACACUCAGCAUCCCCGUGGCUAAAGAUCUCGGAUGCCCAACAGAUCCUAAAAAGCCUACCCUGAAAUUAAAAAACAUCCAGAAUCCACUGAGAAGGAAGAGGGGGGCCGAGGUUUUGUCUGCGGAAUUCAUUCAAGGUCCGAGUGCCUCGCCCGAGGGAGCCACGGAGGCUUCCGGCGGACCCGCCACGGAGGAAAAGAAGCCCCGGCUGACCGAGGUGGAGAAAGCCAUGAGGAACGUGGACAAUAUGGACGCAAAACGACCAACCCCGAGGAAAAAUGUCCACGGCGUGUCUUCAGAAAAGCAAAGGAUCGAGGCCAUCUCCAUAAAAAACGACGUGGCUGCUGUGGACGCCCUGCGGACUUCCACAGGGGAAGAGUGCGAUUCACACGCGUUGAACCUGUUGGCCGAUUUAGCGCUGAGCUCCUGUAACGCUCCCUUGGACAGGAACGGUCGAAGAGACUUCGGACGUUUCCGUCCAUCCCGGGAACAUUGUCUACCGCGAGGGAAAUUUUUGCACAAAUCAUCUGAUCACGAAUAUCACAGGGCUACCAAGAAAUGGAAAGGCACUUUCCUGCCCGGACAAACUUCCCGAUCGUCUUUUUGGUCUGCCAGGGAGACCGGUCGGGACAGGGACUGGCCUUCGAACGUUAAGGACCGAAAUGCCGUGAAUCCCAGCAAAAAGAAGAAUGCAAGGAUCGACCUCACCAAAUCUUCCCUGGCCCUUCCGAACGAGACCGGGGACCUGUCGGAUUCAGGCGUCAUGAUUUCGUUGGAGCACUCGUACGCCUCCCCCAUCUCCGAGACCCCCCCAAAGGGGACGCCGCGUUCUCCCGAUUCGAGGAACGGGGUGAAGCAGGAUAAACCGGGUCCCUUGGUUGGAAAAGUGCUUCCUUUCCAGCACCAGCAGAAUUCGUGCCAACCGGGCAAACCGGUUACGAACCAUUUAUCGCCCGCUCGUUUGACCCUCAUGGCGGCACGACUGAGGGAGGACUUUUCCGGCAAUCGCCAAGUGACUUCUUGCGAUAAAACAGUCCAAGUUACUUUCCAGUGGGAGGCGAAAUACCCCUUCAAUUUGGAUAGCAAAUAUACUAAUAAUUCUUUAGAAAAAACCAUCCUACGGGCAGUCCACGGGCCCUGGGAUGAAAGUCUCUCAGAUAACAUGGAGGACAUGAGGCUGAUCCUGCACAUGUGGAUGGCGCUGUUUUAUAGCAAAAAGUUCCAAGCCCUGACGAUACGAAAAGUGGUCGAACACAGUAACCCUGCGAAGUACGUGUCCCUGAACAGUCUGGUGGACCCUUUGGAGCCCAUGGAUGGUGGUGGUGGUGGUGGUGGAGCCUACAUUUUGGAGAAAGGCUCGGCGGAUUCUGUCUCGGAAGCUGUCCAGAUACUUGCUGAAGGAGGGGAAGAUGGAUCUGUUUCUCCUUCCCAGAAGCUCCUCUCGUGUAACAAACUGUCCUCCACCGACUCCUUAGUGGAAGAGAGUCCUCUGACUAAACUUGAAGAGACCACGGACCUGCUUGAGAAGGAGGAACGGUCUCGUCCUCUUCUGAAGCCCGUUGAAGAGGUGGUUGAAGCAGAGCCCAAAAAACAACCCUUGCUUCACCCUGUGCUUCCUAUUGAAAACCUGCCUGGGGUUGAUGAAGGUGUGAACCCUCCAACGUGUCAAACCAAGGCAGACAGAAGCGAAGAGACUAAGUUAAUUGGCCCUUCCCAAAACGAUGCGCUUGUGUCUACGGGACUUCCGAACGGUUCGGGAAACGAACAGCCCAUCGCAAGCACCGAAGUUGCCGUUUCCGUAACAGACAGGAGAAUUGAUGUUGGGUCUUCUUCAGAAGAGGUGAAGAAGGACGACCUCCUGGCUGGUGGUCCCAAGCUAGGAACGUCGGAAGCGGUGGGGUUCAAGGAAGACGUGACGUCUCGGGAACCCGCUAGUCCAGGAAGCAAAGUGCAAAAUCAGCCUAGGCUUCAUACUGAUCAGGAAGAGGGAGAAAGCAUGGACUUGGGAUCCAUUGAUCCCGUGCUGUCCGAAAGGAACGAUGCUAACAUGGAAGUCCAAGAUAUGGAUCUGGUUUCAGAGGACGAGGAAGAUCUCGAGGAGAAUGAUGUGAAAAGAAGGAAAGAAACGGAUGGUAUGUGGGAUGAAACAUCAUCCAGACAAGAUCUUCUCCCAUCUAGGGCAUCACCAGAUACUUUGUCCGGGCAUCGGACAGAAUUCCAGACUGUCCCAGAAGCUGCUGUAGGACCAUCCUCAAGUUCUGUAUCUCCAAACCAAAUGGGAUUGAUUGAGAUGGUCCCUCAACAGGCAAGCUCCUUACAUCCAAUGACUGUUGAAGAAAAGAUGGCUGGAUCAGCCAAGAAGAUGGAUCCCACAUCUCCAAGGCAAAUAGACAAAGUGGAGGACUCACACGAUGAAGCGAUCUUAGCAGAUUCAGUUUCCAUUCAAGCUUCCGGAGACUUCCCAAAUGAUCUAGCGACUGACGAUGGACCCUUACAAAGUCAACAGGAAUCGGUGGAAAGUCCUAGGGUUCCAAACCAAGUUGAUCCGGUUGACCUUUCCUCAGUUUCCCAGGAAGACAACAGGAUCCGUUUGUCCUGUCUGCCUUCAUGGCAGGCUAGUCCUGUCCAUCAACGAGCUUCUGAUGAAGAGCCACCAAGGAUCCAGAAAGACCAUCUGGAAAAUCCCCUGUAUCGCAUCUUUCAAAGUUCAAUCAAUCUGAUUGAAGAUAUUUCUCAGGACAGCACAGAAUUGACUGAUCCAUCUGUGCCUCUUUGCGAACCAAACAGCGACUUGUGUUUGAAUUCGGUACCAAACAGUACUCCAACUCUGCAGGAAUUGGUGGAAAACCAAGAGAGCUCCAUUGCAUCCACUCAAGGUCUUUCCCUGGCCAAAGAAAUGGAUUUGGUUGAAAAUCCUGAAGGAGAAGACCAUCCAGCUAGUCCUCUCCAGCGGGAAACUUCUGACGAAGCUGCAAAAUUGCAGGAAGAUUCCAAUACCAAACUGGAUUUGCCUGAGAAUUCUGCCGUUCCCGAAGAAAAGGAUGCCGUUCACCCAAUGGACAAUGUUUCGGGACGAGUUAAUGACCCACAGCUUGUAGAGUUCGAUUUUGGCACUCAAGAGGAGCAGACAGUCAGCCGGGGAGAAAAGAUCCUGGUGAAUUCUCAGCCCACAGAAGAAUCCCUGAGCUUGGAGUUGCACGAUGUAGAAUCUGAAACUUCCUUCAAGAAUGAAACGUGUUUGGGUCAAGAGAACAUCAGAGAUUCCUCUGCAAGAGAAGAAGCAGCCUCUGAGGAUGAGGUUGAAAAAUCAACGGUUACCACGGCUGCUGUAGCUGAAGAGGUCCACGCUUUAAUGAAUGAGUUGGUAGCCAUGGUGUGUGCCACGAUAGCUCAGAGUGAAGAAACGAGGGCUCAGAAGAGUUUAGAUUGGAUUAAUUUGGACAUGUUAGAGAGUGUGACACCUCCGGAGAGCGAUGAUGAGGGUUCCUCAACUGUCCAGCAUUCCCAUGCGGACGUGAAAUGCGCUGAUGAAUGUUUAGAACAGAUUUCCACCUUUGAUGACCAACAGGAAGACUUGCAAGCCAGGGUACAAGAAGAGUGGUGUUCAUCAUCAAAUGAGAACACGGCAUCUGAUCCAGGAGAUGUUUUUGAAAAAGAAGAACUUCAAGAGAAUGAUGCUACCUCAGCUGCCACAGGGAUCUUCUCAAGUUGUGGCACAAAUCAAGAAGAGUUGGGCACCACCAACCCAAAAGGCAGAUGGUUAUGGCUUGAAACCACCGACUACGGUGCAAAGGUGGAUGACCACGGUACGUCCACUUUGGAAAAAGUUGAGCAAACAAAGAUUAAUCCGGAAGAACCCAUUUGUAACAGGGAUGACCAUUCUAUAGGAGAAGAUGUGGAGAACCCAUCCUUUGUCCCAGCAGAAGGUCAGGAGGACUCUUUGGCAGAAGAACCUGAUCCUUUGGUUGACGGAGAUUCCAAACAAGCUCCAGAUCACCAGGAAGACGAGGCCCAAGUAGAAGCAAAGGAGUGUCUGGGAAGUCUUGAAGACCCUCUACGUGAUGAAAGGACACAGUUGACUACCAAUUCUUCAAGCAUGGAUGUAGACUGGGGAGACGAGUCUCUGACGGCGGAGAGCAGCCAAGAUCCCUGUGUUGAUUGGUAUCCCACAAGUAAACUUGAGAGUUUGGAUCAACCAAGAUUCAAGGCCUCCCCAAGCAUUGAGUCCGAGUUUACCUGUAGUUCAGGUCCUGGGAAAGAGAGUUGUAAAGAUGGGGAUUGGGUAUCCUCAGAAGCUAGCCAGAAGGCAUCAGAUGCCGGGUCCACGAAACACAACUUUCCUUUCGGUUUAAAAAAAGAGGAUUGGUCAUUAUGGCUGUCUCUUGAUGAGGACCAUAAGCCCGAGCACUUCAAGGAUUAUAUCAAUUUCUCCGUCACCAAGAAGCACAAGGAGAAAACGAGGACUUUCCACUCGUUCUCCAAAGAGCACAGCCCUUUCUCCAGAGGUUUGGGAUCGAUCAACUCCUGGAGCAGGAACUGGGGUUUUCUGAGCAAUCCGAUUCAAAACAUUGUAGACCUGGAAUCCGUGCGAUUCCAUUGCAGGAUCCGAGAGAUCCUGAAGAGGUCACAACAACGUUCUACCUCCCGUGUGCUUCCCACCAAGAAGGUCCCACCUCAAGGGAUAGGAGUGUUGGGGGUGCCGUCGAGAACAGUCUCCGAAGGGACAAUUGCUAGGUUUCCUGUUAGGAGCAGAAGUCCGCUUCUCGUCACCGUUGCGAACUCAAACCCGAGGACCGGUGGCCGACGCGAGGACUUCUGCAGCCCGUUUCCUGCCACCCAGGAUCCAUUUGGCCCAGCUGUUGCACCGAGGAGUCAAUUUGGACUCGGUCCGAAGCGUCCCAUCCCUUCUUUGCACCUCCAGGAACUGACCUACCAUAAGCUAAACAAUUUCUCCCGGGACAUCUCGUCCGUUGUCGAAGAGUUUGCCGAGUUCAGCAGAGUGAUGGCCUUUGACCGCAUGCGGACGUGCAACCCAGAGAGAGACCCCACUACUACCUCAGGAGAGGCGGGGGAGAAACGGUACCUACCUCAGCCUCCCAGGACGCUCGGCUACGAGGAUCUCCUUGCCGCACUGCGCAACACACUACACUUCCAGCUGACAAACGUAGCCCAGGAAGCGUGCCGAAAGCCUUUCUCGUUCUAUGUGAUGGAAACGGAAGACGACCCGUUCUUCGGGAGAGUAAAGAAUUUGCUGAAAAGGGGAGGUCACACCGAAGUGGACCUACUGCAGCUGCGCAAAGGAAGCGAUGUGGAAAUGGGGAACCUGCUGGUCAUCGUUCGAAACGAGGACAUUUUCUUACACAUCCACAAAGUCCCUUCCUUGCUGCGUCUCAAACGCUGCCCCAACGUGACUUUCGCCGGGGUGGACAGCCCCGAAGAUGCGCUGGCUCACACCUAUCAGGAGCUGUUCCACAGUGGAGGCUUUGUGGUGUCCGACGACGACGUGCUGCAAGGGAUGAGCGUGGGGGAGCUGAAAGAUGUGAUCAAAACUCUGGAGAAACUCAACAGUCAUGGACGAUGGAAGUGGUUUCUCCACUACCAAGAAUCCAAGAAGCUCAAGGAAGAUGCCAGGGGGGAUCCUGCCGCGUACACCAAGGAGUCGGUCCUGAAAUCGUGCCAGGUGGCCAACCUCGCCGAAGUCCUCCACUACCAUGUGUGCGACUCCAGAUCCUGCACGAGAUUCGAGCGCCUCAACUGCCUCUUGAACCUGCAGAUUCAACACAUCACCAGGCGGUUCGCCGUGUUCCUCACAGAAAACGCCAGCGCCUGCCGAGAAGCCUUAGAGGACAAAGGGAUUCUGCGCCUGGACAUUACCGGCUUCAUCACGGCCGCUCCAGAGAUGGUGGCGCCCUUCAGAAGCGGCUUCUGGGUGCACGACAACUGUGCUGCCUGCGUCUCCUGGAGUUUUAGGAUUCAGGAUCUUUUGCAAUGA